AUGAUACAGUAUAAGAAAAUACCACCCAGUAAGUCCGUUAUACUCCUCUUACUAUUUUUGACGACCAACGUAUGUGGCUUUUUCCGAGAAACCCAAAACGAAUAUGAAGUGUCACGGAAGAUCCAAAACCGCUAUUCCAUGGAUCUGCAACAAUCCCAAAACAUGCCCAUUAGGAGAGUCGGAAUCGACAGAGUAAUCAACGAAAAAGACGGAAAUGCAGAACGCCUCUACGACCGCCGCAGCUUCCGGACUGGAACCAUUGAAGGACCUGACAAUAUCCAGAACAGGGAAAGGUCCGUUGGACGACUACAGCGGUCAGUAGUAGACGUAAGAACAGACUAUAAUAACAACCGUGAAUUUUUUACUAGAAAUACACACAUCCAAAAUACUAGAGACAACAGACGAUCAUUUGAAUCUACCAUUGCCAAAGACAACCGCCAAAGGCAACUAGAAGAUCGUCGAUCUGGUGACAGAGCUGUGAUAUCCAGAAAUAGGCAAUACGAUGAGAGAUCACUAGAAAGGUCUUCUGAUAUCCGUGACCGAAGAAACUCGAAAAUUGAAGACUUAGAUCGGCGCAUCAAUCAAAGAAGAAUGGCUACUGAAUCAAGAUCUAGCAGUAUCCAAAGAAUACAAGAAGAAACUGUAAACGAACGUCGUGAAGUUCGUGACAGGCAAGUACAAGCUCGAAGAAUAACAGGGCUGCCUCAACUAAAUAACAGAGAAGUCGCAGAACGACCAUCUGACAGGUUGGUUGAAAACCGUCGAUCUACUGAAAUUCGCCGAUCUGUUCGCUCUGUGCAAGAUCGAAAAGCUUCUGAUGAACGAAACUUAAACCAAAGACUAUUUACUGAAGGCUCAGAGAGGAUAGUCUCUAGAGAAAACUCUAUGGAAAGACGCUCUGUAGAAAACCGUGCUAGCAGAACCUCUGAUAUUCGCAACGUAGACCAAAGGCGAUCUUCUACAGAACGCUUAGAAAUGAUGGAUUCUAGACAAAAAUCUUUUGAAAGGCGUUUCGUAGAAAAUCGUGUUCGAAGAGAUUCUGAAAUACGCAACGUUGACCAAAGGCGAUCGUUUUCUGAAGAACGUAACAUCGAUCAAAUGCGUUCAUCUACUGCUACUGGUAAUUUAGAAAGGAUGAAUUCUAGAGAAAAUCCCUUGAAGACACGCUCUGUAGAAAAUCGUGACAGCAGAACAUCUGAGAUUCGCAACGUAGACAGAAGGCGUUCAUCCGAACAACGAAAAAUUUACCAAAUGCGAUCAUCUACAGAACUUUUAGAAAGGAUAGACUCUAGAGAAAAAUCUUUUGAAAGGCGUUUCGUAGAAAAUCGUGUUCGAAGAGAUUCUGAAAUACGCAACGUUGACCAAAGGCGAUCGUUUUCUGAAGAACGUAACAUCGAUCAAAUGCGUCCAUCUACUGGUAAUUUAGAAAGGAUGGAUUCUAGAGAAAUCCUCUUGGAGACACGUUCUGUAGAAAAUCGUGACAGCAGAAUAUCUGAGAUUCGCAACGUAGACAGUAGGCGAUCAUCCGAACAACGAAAAAUUAACCAAAUGCGAUCAUCUACAGAACGUUUAGAAAGGAUGGACUCUAGAGAAAAACCUUUUGAAAGGCGCUUCGUAGAAAAUCGUGUUCGAAGAGAUUCUGAAAUCCGCAACGUUGACCAAAGGCGAUCAUUUCCUGAAGAACGUAACAUUGACCAAAUACGUUCAUCUACUGGACGUUUGGAAAGGAUCGAUUCUAGAGAAAAUCCCUUGAAGACACGCUCUGUAGAAAAUCGUGACAGCAGAACAUCUGAGAUUCGCAACAAAAUCGUGUUCGAAGAGAUUCUGAAAUACGCAACGUUGACCAAAGGCGAUCGUUUUCUGAAGAACGUAACAUCGAUCAAAUGCGUUCAUCUACUGCUACUGGUAAUUUAG